CGCUCGCUGGCUUGCUGGGGACAGAGGCAGGAAUCGGAACAGCACUGCCGCCUCUGGCGCGAAGGCUCAGGCGCCUCCUCCCGCCCCAGUCACUGUGGCUCGGCGCACGCUGCCGGCGGCUGUCCUUUCCGCCUCUGGGGAAGAAAACCCGCGGACCGCUGCGGCGCUAGCACCAUGGCCUCCGGCCGAAGGGGCUGGGACAGCUCCCACGAAGAUGACCUCCCUGUGUACCUGGCUAGGCCGGGCACCACGGACCAGGUCCCACGGCAGAAGUACGGAGGCAUGUUCUGCAACGUGGAGGGCGCCUUCGAGAGCAAGACGCUGGAUUUUGAUGCCCUGAGCGUGGGGCAGCGCGGCGCGAAGACCCCUCGAAGCAGCCAGAGCAGCGUCCGCGGCACCGGGGGCCAAGCCGGCACCGAGGGGGACACGCCGCGCAGGGGCCAAGGCCGGGAAGAGAGCAAGGAUCCCGCGCCCGCGUCGCCUUCUCCUGCUGGGGUGGAGAUUCGAAGUGCCACGGGCAAGGAAGUGUUGCAGAACCUCGGCCCAAAGGACAAGAGUGACCGUCUUCUUAUCAAGGGAGGCAGAAUCGUCAAUGAUGACCAGUCCUUUUAUGCUGAUAUUUACAUGGAGGAUGGAUUAAUAAAGCAAAUAGGAGACAAUCUGAUUGUACCUGGAGGAGUGAAGACCAUUGAGGCCAAUGGGAAGAUGGUGAUUCCAGGAGGAAUUGAUGUGCAUACUCACUUCCAAAUGCCAUAUAAAGGGAUGACCACAGUGGACGACUUCUUCCAAGGGACAAAGGCUGCCUUAGCAGGUGGCACCACCAUGAUUAUUGACCAUGUAGUGCCAGAGCCUGAGUCUGGCCUGACAGAGGCCUAUGAGAAAUGGCGUGAGUGGGCUGAUGGGAAGAGCUGCUGUGACUACGCCCUGCACGUGGACAUCACUCACUGGAACGAUAGCGUCAAGCAGGAAGUGCAGAGCCUCAUCAAGGACAAAGGGGUUAACUCCUUCAUGGUUUACAUGGCCUAUAAGGAUUUGUAUCAAGUGUCUAACACAGAGCUCUACGAGAUCUUCAGCUGCCUGGGAGAGUUGGGUGCCCUUGCCCAAGUUCAUGCUGAAAAUGGUGAUAUCAUUGCCCAGGAGCAAGCCCGGAUGUUGGAAAUGGGGAUAACUGGCCCCGAAGGCCACGUAUUGAGCAGACCAGAGGAGCUGGAAGCCGAGGCUGUGUUCCGUGCCAUCACCAUUGCCAGCCAAACCAACUGCCCUCUCUACAUUGCAAAGGUCAUGAGCAAAAGUGCAGCUGAUCUCAUCUCCCAAGCCAGGAAGAAAGGAAAUGUGGUUUUCGGUGAGCCCAUCACUGCCAGCCUUGGUACAGAUGGAACCCAUUACUGGAGCAAGAAUUGGGCCAAGGCGGCUGCAUUUGUAACAUCUCCUCCUCUGAGCCCUGACCCAAGCACUCCAGACUACAUCAACUCCUUGCUGGCCAGUGGGGACCUGCAACUCUCUGGGAGUGCCCACUGCACCUUCAGCACUGCCCAGAAAGCGAUUGGGAAGGACAACUUUACAGCCAUUCCUGAGGGCACCAAUGGCGUGGAGGAACGGAUGUCUGUCAUUUGGGACAAGGCUGUGGCCACUGGGAAAAUGGAUGAAAACCAGUUUGUGGCUGUGACAAGCACAAAUGCUGCCAAGAUCUUCAACCUGUAUCCCCGCAAGGGAAGAAUAUCUGUGGGCUCUGACAGUGACCUGGUCAUCUGGGAUCCAGAUGCUGUGAAGAUCGUCUCUGCCAAGAACCACCAGUCGGUGGCAGAGUAUAACAUCUUUGAAGGGAUGGAGCUGCGUGGGGCUCCUCUGGUUGUGAUCUGCCAGGGCAAGAUCAUGCUGGAGGAUGGCAACCUGCACGUGACCCAGGGAGCUGGCCGUUUCAUCCCCUGUAGCCCGUUCUCCGACUAUGUCUACAAGCGCAUUAAAGCUAGGAGGAAGAUGGCUGACCUACAUGCGGUCCCGAGGGGCAUGUAUGAUGGACCAGUGUUUGACCUGACUACCACCCCCAAAGGGGGCACUCCUGCGGGCUCCACACGGGGCUCUCCCACUCGACCCAACCCACCCGUGAGGAAUCUCCAUCAGUCGGGAUUUAGCCUGUCCGGCACCCAAGUGGAUGAGGGGGUCCGCUCAGCCAGCAAGCGCAUCGUGGCGCCCCCUGGAGGCCGUUCUAACAUCACAUCCCUGAGUUAAGCAACUCCUCCCAUAAGAGAAGGGGCCGAAGCAAGAAGAGAUUUUCUUGAAGCCAAAAUGGUACAUCAACAUUUAAGAAGGAAAGCGAAUCCAAACGGUUGCGAUCUAAAGAAUCAAUAAGCCUCAAGCCUUAUGUUUCUCCAAUGUUACGCUCGCUUGCCUAGCUUUACAAAUAUUGCUUUGUUUUCUGUUGAAGCAUAGCCUUGAUUUCUUUGACGCCCUGCCCCCAUUUACAUGCAUGCUAUCAGACAGGCCACUAAAGUACAAGAGUCUGCUAUAUAGUGUUGAGAGCGUGUGUAGUGCUGCAUCUUAAGACAAGGGGACAGACAAGCUGGGAGGUCAGGAACACAAACAAAAGGGAUACAAGAUAUUUGGGGUGUGUGGGUGGUGGGGGCCCAAAGCAAAGUGGAGAGCACAGAGGGGCUGGGCUAGGGCAUGGAUGAGGGAGGCGGGUGGGCUGGGUGAGCAGACGGGGAUAUUGUGUGUUGUGUUGAUGAUAUGCUUUGAUUUCCAUGAAGAUGGUCACUUGUGGCAGCUGUCACUUCUUCAGGGUCUCCACAGCCUUCUGGAGAAAGCAGACGGUCUUUGGGUUCAGCGUUUGUCAUGUCACCUCCUAGUAGACUUAUUUGUUUGAACAUUUCAUUAAAAUGCCAAAACCCAACCCUUUCCUCUACCGCUUGAUGGUGCCAGUGUUUGCUCAGGCCUCUUUUGUCAAUGCUGCUUUCCAGGUCUCCUCUUUCCUGGGUUGGAAGGGAACAGCAAGGGGAGAGACAGUGACACUCUCUUCCUUUUGCCCUGCCUGCCUCUUUGGUGCUCUUAAAAUGAAACAACUGGGAGAGAGACAGCACAGGCC